CUCUUCAGAAGUUGGCGUUCCUUAUCCAUGCCCAACCGCGUCCACUCUUUGUUACACAGUGUCACGGUCACCACGCGCGCGGCCGAUGAAAAUGAAACGCCCGACUGUCGCCGCCGCCGUCCCCACCUCCUCGCCGCCGCCUCCCGCCGCACACCCCUUACCUCCGACGAACCCCAAGCCCCGCCGCCUCCGUCUCCGUCCCCGUCCCCGCUUCUCCGCCGCGGCGGCCACCUCCAGGUGGGUCAACCCGCGUGCACCCCCGCCCCGGCGCGGCGGGGCCAACCAGCGGCUCUACCACCUCCUCCUCCUCGGCGACCUCGACGCCGCGCUCCUCCUCCUCGAGUCCAUGAGGGAGGAGCGCCCCGCCGUGGUCCCCUGCACCCUCCUUAUCAAGAAGCUCUGCGCCGCGGGCCGCCUCGCCGACGCUGAGCACGUGCUCGGGGCCUCGGAGGCCGCGGGCACGGCCGACGCCGUCGCCCGCAACACCCUCGUCGCGGGGUUCUGCCGGUCCGGCCGCCUCGCCGACGCCGAGCGGAUGCUCGCGUCCCUCGCGGCGUCCGGCGCCGCCGACGUCGUCACCUACAACACCCUCGUCGCCGGGUACUGCCGCGAGGGACGCCUCGACGACGCACGCCGCCUCGUCGCAGUCAUGCCGCUUGCCCCCAAUAACUACACCAACAGCACCCUGCUCAAGGGCCUGUGCAGCGCUAAGCAGUGGGACGACGCCGAGGAGCUCGUCGCGGAGAUGACCCGGAGCGGUUGCCCCCCAAAUGAUCUCACGUUCGGUAUGGUGAUCCAUUCCUUCUGCCAAAGUGGUUUGGUUGACCGUGCAAUGGGAGUGCUUGAUCAGAUGUGGGAAUGCGGGUGUAGGCCGGGCGUCAUUAUUUACAAUGAACUCAUCAGUUGCUUUGCAGAGCUAGGGCGUGUGAAGGAGGCCCUUCAAUUAUUUAACAGCAUGCCGUGCAAGCCUGACAGCUUUAGUUACAAUACCGCGUUGAAGGGUUUGUGUAGAGAUGAGCGUUGGGAGGAUGCGGGGGAACUUAUAGCUGAAAUGGUUACAAAGGAUUGCCCACCGGAUGAAGUGACAUUCAACACGGUGAUAAGUUACUUGUGCCACAGGGGGUUGGUUGAAUGUGCAAUAGAAGUUGUCGAUCAAAUGCCAAAGUACGGAUGUAAGCCUGAUAACUUCACUUACAGCGCUCUUGUUAAUGCCUUCUCUGAACAUGGGCGUGUGGAUGAUGCCCUUGAGUUACUGCGAAGCAUGCCGUGUAAGCCUAACACUGUUUGCUAUCGAUCUGUAUUGAAGGGACUGUGCAGAGCUGAUCGAUGGGAGGAUGUUGGGGAGCUUGUAGCUGAGAUGGUUAGGAACAACUUGACCCUUGAUGAAGUCACAUUUGGAUUGAUCAUCGACUGUUUGUGCCAAAAAGGGUUACUUGAUUAUGGGGUUGAAGUUUUUGGGGAAAUGUCAAAGUAUGGAUGCUCGCCUGAUGUUAUCAUGUACAAUUCUCUUAUCAAUGGGUUUGCUGAAUAUGGGCGCAUGGAUGAUGCCCUCGAGCUAUUCAAAAGCAUGUCGUGCAAACCUAAUAUUGUUACUUAUAAUUAUAUGUUGAAGGGUUUGUGUAGAGCUGAGCAAUGGGAGGAUGCUGGGAAGUUUAUAGCUGAGAUGGUUAGAGAUGAGUGCCCCCUGAAUGAAGUGACAUUUAGUAUCCUAAUCAGCUCCUUGUGCCAAAAAGGGUUGGUUGAGUUUGCAAUUGAAGUUUUUGAGAAAAUGCCAAAGUACAAUUGUAUGCCUAAUAUUAUCAUUUAUAGCACCCUUAUCAAUGGCCUUACUGAACAAGACUGUGUAGACGAUGCUUUGAAGUUACUAAACAACAUGCCUUGCAAGGCUGACACCAUUUGUUAUAGUGCUGCAUUGAAGGGCUUGUGUAGGGCUGAGCGAUGGGGGGAUGCUGGUGAACUUAUGCUGGAGAUGAUUAGAAAGAACUGCCCCCCAGAUGAAGUCACAUUCAGUAUACUAAUCAAUAACUUGUGCCACAAAGGGUUUGUUGAGUAUGCAGUUGAAGUUUCUGAGCUAAUGCUUAAGUAUGAAUGUAAGCCUAAUAUUGUCAUUUACAGUUCCCUUAUUAAUGGUUUUUCUGAACAUAACCGUGUGGAAGAUGCUCUCAAGUUACUAAGAAGCAUGCCAUGUGAGCCUGACACUAUUUGCUACAGUACUGCACUGAAGGGUUUGUGUCAAGCAAAGCGAUGGGAGGAUGUAAGGGAGCUUGUAACUCAGAUGUUUAGAGGGGAGUGCCCCCUAGAUGAAGCAACAUUUAGUGUACUCAUUGAUUCAUUGUGCCAGAAUGGGCUGGUUGACUUGGCAACCGAAGUUUUUGAGCAAAUGUCAAGGUAUGGAAUUAGUCCUAAUAGCUGGAUAUGCAAUUCCCUUGUUAAUGGUUAUUCUGAGCAAGGGCGGGUGGAUGAAGCCCUGAAGUUAUUGAACACGAUGCCAUGAAAGCCUAACACCAUUUUCUGUUGUGCAUUGAAGAGCUUAGAGUUGAGAGGGAAUAGGGUUGGAGCUAAGAUGAUUAAGCUGGAGUUCAUCCCUGAUGAGAUGAAGUGGUAUUUAGUACUCAUUAAUUACUUGUGGCAGAAAAAAGCUUAACUGAAUACUUGAGUGUGUUAUUGAAGUUCUUGAGCAAUGUGAUGGACGAUAUCAUCUUUAUGUUCUGCUUAGCAUUGGCUUUUCGCAGAUAGGCUGCAUGGAUGAUUGUUUUGAGGAAUGAAAUAUGUCGGCAACAGAGAUGGGUAACUACUGAUGACCUUUUGGCUGUAAUAAAAAAAAUCAAAAGACGAAAAUUCAGUCAUAAAAGAGGUUGAGCAUCUUAACAUGGUUUCAGUUACAAGGGGUGUAGCUGUUUUUAAACAGUAACCACUGAAAAGCAGAAAGCACUCAACCGAACCUUCACGAUUGAGGCCAGAACUGGGUUCAAUUCUUUAAAUAUAUGGAUGUGCAGGGUAGCUAUCAAGCAUGAACAAGCAAGAUCGAGAUUAUCACCUCAAGAUCCCAAGUUUUUUUUUUAUCGCCAAGGACUCUUGCAGAUCUGGAAUGGUCGCAUUCUUAAAUUGGACUGGCCUGAACUCCAUUCCUUUGCUAAAGAGGGUAUAUUGGCUGUGGCCCAGGUAUAUACAAAUCCCUUUUUGUAUGACCUGUUUCCCUUGCCAUUGUCAGUACCAACCAGCCUAUAAAUUCUCCUCAAAGAAAGCAUACAAAUGCAUGAUUGGUUCGGCCCAGGUUCAUGGGUCAUUCAAGUGGUUAUGGAAAUCAUCCAGUCAGCUGAAACAUAAGGUGUUCUUUGGGCUUCUCUUAAAAGACAAAUAUGCACAAUCUUCGUCACAAAAAGCACAUGGUUUUGCAGUAAUACAGUCUUGGAAUGUGUCCUCUGCUCAAUCAACGUCAAGGAAAUCUUGGUACAUUUCUUCAGCUGUGAUUUCGCCAGAGAGUGCUGGAUGAUUGUGGGGUUGCAACUCCCAAAUCACCUUGAUGUUGGUACAUUCAAACGCUCACUGCAAGUAUCCUUGUACAUGGAAAUUGCCAAACUCAUGCGCUGGAGCAUCUGGGUCACGUGCAAUGAUCAUAUUUUCCAAAUGAUACAGCCAACGGUGGAAGCUUGCAAAAGGAUUUUUCACAGAUGAUAUACUGGCUAGAUUCUCUAUAGUAGCUUACCUCUUUGUUUUUUUGUUCUUUCUUUCCUUGUUCCUCAACUUUUGUGCUCUUUCUUUCUAAUAUAUAAAUAUAAUCAGUAGGGGGCGACCCCUCCUAUUCACCUAAAAAAACAAGGGAUUUCUUUUGGGUCCGCACAAGCUGCACAGGACAAUACAUGGUGGAUUGGUGAUUGCUGAUGACAAUUUGGUUCACCAAAAAAUUGGGCUUGGCCUGCCUGUGGGCGGAGACACAGCUGCUACACCCUUAAUAUGGCGACACAGUUGAGAAGAAAGAUGACAGUGGCAAGAGAAGAGGGGAACACUAGAACCGACCUGACCCGCCAGCCAUCUGAUUAGAGUAUAAGCUCUAUGCAUGUUGUGUUCUUCCUUCAAUUUUUGAUCUCGUCCAUUUGAUCCUGUGUGUAUUCAUGCAAUUCAUGCAUGUGAGGUGGGGUCUUGUUUUUAUGAAGAGAAGAAGCGAAGAAUGAAUCAGGUUAUGAGAGCUCGCUACAAUCCUACUACAGUUAAAUGGAGUGCAGAGCUGAAGAAGACAAGAAAAUAUCUAUGAUUGCAAAGGAGUAGGAUCAAUCUGAGAUGAGGGGAAAAUUCAGACUACGCUACUGGUAAGGGAGGAAAUCCAGGAAAAGCGACUGAGGAGCAUUGACGUUUAGGAAAUACUACUCAUAAAUUGAAACUCAGUCACAUCACACCAUUUUCUUCUCUUGCUCUCUUUCUUUUAUUAUUUUCGGGCAUAAAUUGUACGAUGGCUGUUUUGCCCCUAUCGUUAACAAGGGUUGAAUUUUCACUUUAGAUUGAUUUAAUCAAAUUGGAUAGACUAUACAGAUGAAGUUAAAAAAAAUAGCAUAAUCUUUUUGCAUAUUUGUGACAUGUUAAAUAUUAUUAUGCUUCAAUCAUUACACAUGCACAGACGAAGUUUUAAAAAAAUAGCAUGACCUUUUUGCAUAUUUGUGGCAUGUUAAAUAUUAUUGUGCUUCAACCAUUACACAUGCAAAAAGGUUAUGCUAAUUUUUUGGACUUUGUAUGUAUAGUCUAUCCAGUUUGAUUAAACUAAUCUAAAGUGAAAAUUCAAUCCUUGUUAAAGAUAAGGGCAAAAUAGUCAUUGUACAAGUCUAUUUAGGUCUGAAAAUAAAAGGAGGGAGGGAGAGAAGAAAAUAACAUGCUGUGACUGAUUCUAACUUUUGGGUGGCAUUACUUGGACGUUAAUGCUCCUCGAUGGUGUUUCCUAGAUUCCCUCAUUUAUCAGUGGCGUAGUCUAAUUUUUCUCGGUUUUAAUUUAUAAGUGAUAUUUCCUAGAUGUCAAUGCUCUUUGAUGAUAUUUUCUAGAUUCCCUCCCUUAUCAGUGGUGUAGGCUUAAUUUUCCCCGAUGAUGGUGAUCCGGCUGCGAUUGAAUUCAGUGAUGACCGGCUGACCGCCGGCAGGAUCGGUGUGCAAGUUUUCAGUGUCACGGAAACCCCUCCUCUCCUGAUUGUGUGGAAUGGCCAGCGUUUGGUAUUUGUGUUUUUAGAUUUGGACAUCCCCUAAUGAUGUAAAAGUUCUGUGUAAGUUGUAGUACUCCAUUCCUUUAAAAACAGAUGACAUUUUAGUCU